UGAGAGAAUUCCUUAUUUGACACUACCUUAAAAUGUGGUUCCUUAUUUGACCCUGAAGAAUUUUUUUUCCCUAUUUGACAUGUAGUCUAAAUUUUCUUCCUUACGUGACAUCGCCGUUCGUUUUGUUACACCGUUCCGUUAAAUUGUUUUUGAAUGGACCAAAAUACCCCCGUGUUAGUAGCUAGCCCACAAGGAGUUUUGACCAGAGUCGCUAGCCCACAAGCCCGAUCCAGAUCUGGCCAUCCUCUCGUCUCUUUGUUUCUUCGAUUCCCCACCCCCAACCCUAGCGGCGGCGGCAGCGGGUUGCUGGCUCGUACGGCGGCGGCGGCGGCGUGAGCUGAGGGGCCAUGGCUCAAGGGGUGGCUGCGGGCGGAGGAUCAAGCACGGCUGCAGGCGCCGGAGCAAGCACCGCGGCGGACGGCGACCCAGGCACGGCGAACGGCGACCAAGGCGGGGCUGGGGAUGGCUCAUCGGUGAGGUCCGCUGCUGGCGGCCAUGGCGCGGCUAUGCAGCACUUGCCGGUGAGCUCAGCUGCGGGCGCAGGCCAUGGCGAUGCUGCGGCCGGUGCAGGCCAUGGCGAUGCUGCAAGGUUGGGCGUGGAUGCGGUCUUGGGCCACGGUGCGGCUGCAGACUUAGAAGGGAUGGAUCCAAAUUCUUGUUAUGUGCUGAAAAUUAGAUUGCUUGGCAACCCAAAAAAAGCUAGAAAAGAGGCCAUGUGUUUUUAUUUCGAGAAGGUUAUUGAUUCCGACUUGACAAAUUAUGAAGAUUUGGUUGAAUCAAUUAUAGUGCAGUACCAGCCACGUUAUUUGGAAGUUGCGCAUGUUCACUACUAUGAUGAAGUUCUGAAAACGUUUCCAGAAAUAAAAUCAGACCAAGAGUUGAUGUAUAUGUUUGAGAAACACGCUAAGUCAAAGAUGGUGCAAAUGUUCAUUGUAUAUUGGGAACCCUCUGAACCAUAUGAGCCUAUCAUUGAGUAUUAUAGUGAUGUGCAUAUCCAACCUAAGAACAACGUAGACCAAGAUGAUGAUAGUUAUCUUCGCAACCCAAUACCGGAGAAUGAACAUGUUGGGAUUGAUGAAGAGAAUAUAUAUUUGAAGGAAGAACCUAAAGCUCUAAAUGUGGUUCUUCUUCCUGAUAAAGAAAAGGACCAAGACUAUGUUGUUGAUGGUGAGAGUGAGGAUGAGAGUGAGGAUGGGAGUGAGGAUGAGAGCGAGGACGAGACUGAAGUAGAGGAGGAUGAGGAGUUGCACGAGGUAAAUCAUGCCCCAAAUAUAGAGUAUGAUAAGGAUGACCCUCCUAUGACUGAAGGUUUCAUAUAUCCCAAUAUGAAGGAGUUUAAGUUGGCCCUUUCUCAACAUGCUAUAAAACAUGAAUUUGAGUAUAACACAGAGAAGAGUGCACCAUGUAGGUUCAGGGGCUAUUGUAAAAGAAGAGAUGAAGAUAAUUGUCCAUGGAGGAUACAUGCUUCUACAACGGAUGAUUUUUGUACCGUAGUGGUGAAAAAACCUUUUGGUCAUGAUUCCUCUAGUGCAAGAAGGAAAAAGAAGGUGAAGAAUGCAACUAAGUACUGGAUUGUGAGAAGGUGAAGAACUGGCUCAUUGAAGAUGCAACUCUAGGAGCAAAGGAAUUGCGAAAGACGCUUAAAGAACACCGCAAGGUCAAAAUCAACUACAAGAGAGUAUAUAUGGGUAAGUUGCUAGCCUUGAAGCAACUAUAUGGUGAUUGGGAUAUCAACUUUGACAAUUUAUAUAGGUUUAAGGCACAAGUUGAAAGUUGUUGCCCCGGUAGCAUAGUGCAGAUUGAUCAUCACACAAUAAAUGGUAAAAUCAGGUUUAGAAGAAUUUUUGUUGCUAUGAAGCCUUGCAUAGAGAGGUUCCUUAGUGGUUGCAGACCAUAUUUGGCAAUAGAGUGGUUCCUUAGUGGUCAACACUUAUGCCCUAUUUGUAAGGAAUAUGGGCAUCAUUGGCACAAAUGUAAGAAGGGAAACCGAGAGGACAUUGCUGCAAUGAUGGCUGUGAGAGAACCACCAAAGAAAAGGACAAAGACAACCAAAACAGCUGAGUUAUCCAUUGUGCCUUGCGAAGAUGGAGUACCAACAAGAAUGUGUUUUCCCCCAAGCAAAAGCUUGGAAACUACAAAAAAAGGGAAACAUGUUAACUCUAGUGCUGGAGCAUCAAAAAGCAAAAGCUUGGAGAAUACAAACAAAAAGGGAAAAGGGGGGAAAUCUGAAUCGGUCGAUCCAAGAGGUAUUGUUUCUCUUUUUAGUUGACAUGUUAUGAAUAUUUUUUUGUUUUCAAUUGCUAAAAACUACUGCCGCCUUACAUGCCUAAGUGCAUAUCAAGAACCGGCUCAAAACAGCCGGAGCCAAUUUCCAUCGAGUUUCCUAUGCCUGGCGAUGAAACAAAUGUUCCUGUGAAGGUUAGGGGCAAGAGUAAGGAGUGCACUCAAAAGAUUCCUAUGGUGCCACAAGACAGCCCAGCAAUGUGCACAAGAAGCAAAAAAAUUAACUCUGCACGCCCUUCAAUGAGCACAAGAAGCAAAAGGCGGCUUAGUUUGUGAUUCUCAUGUUUUCCUUAAUGUCAUGGUUACUUUUGAAUGUCCUUUUGUGCUGCUCAUGUGAUGUACUUGUGGACGUGACCUCAUGUGUGAAACAGUAUGUGAUGCAUGCCAACUAGUACUGAUGUAUGUGGUGAAUGUGAACCUAAAUGUGAUGUAUGUGUGAACAUGGCUGCUUCUGGUUGUUGUUCAUGUUGUGAUGCA